CCACAAGACAAAGGAAAUAUUUGCGAAUUACCUCACAGCAUUUCCAAACAAGGUGUUCAAACAGCGACAGCAAUGAUGGGUCAACGUCUUGCCAGCUUUUCACCAGCAAUGAUGGGCCAACGUCUUGACAGCUUUUCAUCAGCAAUGAUGGGCCAACGUCUUGCCAGCUUUUCGCCAGCAAUGAUGGGCCAACGUCUUGACAGCUGUUCACCAGCACUGAUGGGCCAACGUCUUGACAGCUUUUCAUCAGCAAUGAUGGGCCAACGUCUUGCCAGCUUUUCACCAGCAAUGAUGGGCCAACGUCUUGACAGCUUUUCAUCAGCAAUGAUGGGCCAACGUCUUGCCAGCUUUUCACCAGCAAUGAUGGGCCAACGUCUUGACAGCUGUUCACCAGCACUGAUGGGCCAACGUCUUGACAGCUUUUCAUCAGCAAUGAUGGACCAACGUCUUGCCAGCUUUUCACCAGCAAUGAUGGGCCAACGUCUUGACAGCUUUUCACCAGCAAUGAUGGGCCAACGUCUUGCCAGCUUUUCACCAGCAAUGAUGGGCCAACGUUUUGUCAGCUUUUCACUAGCAAUGAUGGGCCAACGUCUUGCCAGCUUUUCACCAGCAAUGAUGGGCCAACGUCUUGCCAGCUUUUCAACAACAAUGAUGGGCCAACGUCUUGCCAGCUUUUCACUAGCAAUGAUGGGCCAACGUCUUGCUGGUUUUUACAAUACAAGCAAUGAUGGGCCAACGUUUUGUCAGCUUUUCACUAGCAAUGAUGGGCCAACGUCUUGCCAGCUUUUUACCAGCAAUGAUGGGCCAACGUAUUGCCAGCUUUUCACCAGCAAUGAUGGGCCAACGUCUUGCCAGCUUUUCACCAGCAAUGAUGGGCCAACGUCUUGACAGCUGUUCACCAGCAAUGAUGGGCCAACGUCUUGACAGCUUUCCACCAGCAAUGAUGGACCAACGUCUUGCCAGCUUUUCACCAGCAAUGAUGGGCCAACGUCUUGUCAGCUUUUCACUAGCAAUGAUGGGCCAACGUCUUGCCAGCUUUUCACCAGCAAUGGUGGGUCAACGUCUUGCCAGCUUUUCACAAUACAAGCAAUGAUUGGCCAACGUCUUGCCAGCUUUUUACCAGCAAUGAUGGACCAAAGUCUUGCCAGCUUUUCACAAGCAAUGAUGGGUGCAGUUUACUUGGGGCUGUACUGAUUUUCCUAAUUGAAAGCGACUACUUGUCCCAAGUGACCACCCGGGAUGUUUACGAGGAAAGGCAAAUGUCCGCUUUCAUGUGUCCUUGGCAGCUAAGACGGGGAAGUGUGGGGGUUGAAUUUAUAAUCUGUACAAACAAAUUUCGAACAGCUUCUAAAAAACCUUUUAAAAAUGCUCCAAUUAAGAAAUGUAGACACUUAUUCGUAUAAGUAAAAUCCGAAUUUAGAA